CUGUAACUAUGGAACGGAGGACACAAUACAGAACGCAGAACAGAAGCUGAGGAGUCCCCCACACACUAGUUGGAGUUCCAUGGAUACGAUUAAGGGAUAUCUUAUAGACAUAGAUCGUAGCUGACAUGUCAUUAGAUGUCCCCUGACGGCAAGACGAUUAUCGUGAGUGACCUAUCGUUCUGGAGGUGAUGAGAUACCAAUACUAGCCCAGAGGUGACAUCGUAAAGACACAGGCCAGCUUCGGAUCUACCUUAAACCUAUAUGACUUGGUCCCUAAGGCUCGUUCUUUGGAACUUGUCCACGGACGUUAGUAGUAAUUGAACGUUACAAACAUUUAGGUCAACGAUUUGUUUGGAAAACAUUAUUGAAAUAUGUUAUGUAUAGUACAACGUGCGUGUACGUACAUAUGGUAUUUAUGAAAAGCAGGAAUAAGACAUUGAUGUGAUAAUGAUCCAGCAAAACAGAGCAACAAUAAAACCGUCAGAUCAGAUGAGAAGGUGAACGUGUGUAAGGAGUUUCAGUAGAAGGUCUGGUUGACAAUGCUUCGUUCCAAGAGUGUGGAGGACCUUCCCUCCUUCGCGGAUGGGGAUGAUAUGGGCUGGAGCGAGGAGGACACAAGACAAGCCAUGCUGGACAUCAUACAAUCAGAUGGCGACCUUUCCCUUUUGGGGUCUCUGAAUCCCCAGAGGAGCGCUUGUGAAUGGCGGGGGACAGUGAGGGACAGAGCAGGGGCGAUGUGGAGUUUCACGGAAGACAAAAAGGCGGGGGCUACAUCGAGAAGGACAGCCAAAUCUACAAUGGACAGAAAGUCGAUUUACGACUUCGAUCGACUGGCAACACCCGGAAGAGAGUUACCUCCCUCUAGACCUCAGAGGCCAAGGACAAAGUACACUUCUGAGGUUGACGUGGACACUAAAAGGGAACGAGAAUACAUCAUCAGAUGCAACCUCCCGCGUUACUCUCGAGGCCCUUUCAACAAAAUGAUACUUCAGACCUUCUACAAAGCUCCCAAAUCCAAACCAAUUGGGUACGGAAUGCCAAGGCCCUUCACCAGGGAAGCGAGCGUGCAGCCAAAUGCUAUCUCAUCCAUUAACUCAAAGACUCAAAGCUACAUCACAAUAAACAGACACAGGUCUCUGUGCCAACCUCACCCAUGUUCAAAUCAUGACGUGCACGAUCAACAGUACUGUGAUAUUCUUGGACCAGGCACCUGUUCUAGGUGUAUAGAGAGUACCAACCGUCACAUUGCAGAGGUCAUUCAGAAGAAGAUGUUCCCGACUAUUGAAGUGUCAAACAAUUGUUUGGUCGUUCCCAAGUUGUCCAGGUCUCUCAAAGAAGGUCACAUGAAACAGAUUCGGAAACGACCUCUCCAGGAGUUUAACCUUCCUGACUUUGGCAGGGGUCCCUCGCGCCAGAUGCAGAGUAUCAACUGGGAAACUCUUCACCACAAGUCCCCCAGUAGCAAGAUAUCUACGUGUGGGUCAGUACCAUCCGUGUCCUGUACAACGGCUAUAGGUUCCUUUAAGUCCGGGUAUACUGGAGAGUGAAGUUGACAUAUGCCUGUUGGGAUCUUGAGGAAUGCCAUGAUUUGUUCUUAAUUUGGACUUGUUUCUUCCGCCAGCAACAUUGUACCUACAUCGCUGAAAAGAAUAAUCAAUGGACAGUGCCACCUAAAAUAUGAUGGGUCUGUUAACAAACAAACUAUUUUCCAUAACGGAUUAAAGAGCAAGUGUAGAGAAUUUCAAUAUUUGCACAUGUGUAUUUUAGCUAUUCUGGAUAUUAAUCAGCAGGUUCAAAGACGAGAUAUGACGUCACAUUGUUGUGGAUAAUGUAUAACAUCAUACUUUGUUCAUGACCUCACAUAUUGAUAGCAUUACGCAAUCUGAAUAACAGGUUGACAAGACUUCAGCAGGCUUGACAUUUCAUACGACAUUGCUCAUGGUUCUUCUCUAAAUAAAAUACAC